AUGUUUUCGUUAUCGUUAAUCCAACCGCGACUUCGGAUUUCAGAGAUUCCGGCGACGAUUCAAAGCUUCAAAUCUCCGACGAUACUAAGCAUUAGCGAUACGAGACCUAAGAGAGACGAACAGAGGAACGGAAUUCGAAGAUUAUCUGGGUUUCGAUUAGUUUCUGGAAAGAGAUUAUCUUUUGAUUCGGGUUUUAGUGAUUCGUUUGGGUUAGAAGUUGCUAAAGAGAAUGUGAAUAGCGAACGAGUGGAUUACGCUUUACUCGCGGAGUGGCUACAGUCUUCCAGUGGGAUGCGACUCGUUAAAAGGAUUCAUGCGAUGGCUUUGAAGUGUUUUGAUGAUCAAGUGAUUUAUUUUGGUAAUAAUUUGAUUAGUUCUUGUGUGAGACUUGGGGAUUUGGUUUAUGCACGUAAAGUGUUCGACAGUAUGCCAGAUAGAAACACUGUUACUUGGACUGCGAUGAUUGAUGGGUACUUGAAAUUCGGUCUUGAAGAUGAAGCGUUCUUGUUGUUUGAGGAGUAUGUUAAGCAUGGGAUUCGGUUUACGAACGAGAGGAUGUUUGUGUGUUUGUUGAAUCUGUGUAGUAGGAGACCAGAUUUUGAGUUAGGGAGACAGGUACAUGGUAAUAUGGUGAAAGUUGGUGUGGAGAAUUUGAUUGUUGAGAGUUCUCUUGUUUACUUUUAUGCGCAGUGCGGUGAAUUGACAAGUGCGUUACGAGCUUUUGAUAUGAUGGAGGAGAAAGAUGUGAUAUCUUGGACCGCGGUUAUAUCGGCUUGUUCAAGAAAAGGGCAUGGGAAUAAAGCCAUUGUCAUGUUUAACGGAAUGUUGAAUCACGGGUUUUUACCUAAUGAGUUUACCGUAUGUAGUAUCUUGAAGGCUUGUAGCGAGGAGAAAGCGAUAAGAUGUGGAAGGCAAGUACACGGCUUGGUGGUUAAAAAGAUGAUUAAGGAAGAUGUUUUUGUAGGAACUUCGUUGAUGGACAUGUAUGCUAAAUGUGGGGAGAUUUCGGAUUGCAGAAAAGUGUUUGAUGGAAUGAGCAAUAGAAACACGGUCACGUGGACUUCGAUUAUCGCUGCACAUGCUCGGGAAGGUUAUGGUGAGGACGCUAUCAGCCUCUUUCGGGUAAUGAAGAGGCGGCAUUUGAUCGCUAACAAUUUGACAGUAGUAAGCAUCCUUAGAGCGUGUGGAUCUGUUGGGGCUUUAUUGUUGGGGAAGGAACUUCAUGCUCAGAUAAUCAAGAAUUCGAUCGAAAAGAAUGUCUAUAUUGGAAGUACUUUGGUUUGGCUGUAUUGCAAAUGCGGUGAAUCUCGUGACGCUUUCAAUGUUCUUCAGCAAUUGCCAUCUAGAGAUGUGGUUUCAUGGACUGCUAUGAUCUCUGGAUGUUCGAGCUUAGGACAUGAAUCAGAAGCGCUAGACUUCUUGAAAGAUAUGAUUCAAGAAGGUGUAGAGCCAAACCCAUUUACAUACUCCUCGGCAUUAAAAGCUUGUGCUAAUUCAGAAGCUCUUCUUAUCGGCAAAUCAAUCCAUUCCAUUGCAAAGAAGAAUCAUGCUCUGUCAAAUGUCUUUGUAGGAAGUGCUUUGAUUCAUAUGUAUGCAAAAUGUGGAUUUGUCUCGGAAGCUUUCCGGGUUUUCGACAGUAUGCCUGAGAAGAACUUGGUUUCGUGGAAGGCGAUGAUAAUGGGAUACGCGAGGAAUGGGUUUUGCAGGGAAGCAUUGAAGCUAAUGUAUAGAAUGGAAGCAGAGGGAUUUGAGGUUGAUGAUUAUAUAUUUGCAACAAUUCUCUCUACUUGUGGAGAUAUUCAGCUCGAUGAAGCUGAAUCUUCUGCAACUUGUUACUUGGAGACCUCUUGA